AUGGGUAUUGAGCAAGUACCGAGCCAUACCCCUUCAAACACGGUGAUAUUGUAUGUUUCAACAUAAUUUAACUAUCAAAUUUAAAGUGCACUUGCUUGUGUGUGUUUUAUGUUUGUUUGUUUUGUUUUUUACAACGCCAUUGUAUCAGUUCCGUUGCGUUGAAGUAGAGUUCCAGGACUUCAGACUAGGACUAAGCAGCUAAAUGCGCAAAUUAACACAGAACGUGAGCCAUCGGUAAUUUUUGUCUUGUAUGAAAAUCUUCAGUCUAUAGAAUGCUCGUUUUUAGAAAAAUAGAAGGGAUAUGUACAAACGACGUAAUUUAGAUCUGAUUCUCUAAAACAGUUCCUUGAAGGUUAGGUCUGACAAGUAUGUCACUUUCUUCUUUCAGAAAUCUUUCCAUGAAUUCUUUGCAAUAUAUUCAUGAAGACGCCUUUAAGAACCUCAGUUUACUAAAGAGCAUGUAAGUGAAUCGCACCUUUCACAAUAUUUAUUUAUUUAUCUAUUUACACAAUUCAAUUACACAGAUAAUCAAAAUAAUACAAUUAAAAUCAAAAUCGAAGAAAACUAAAUAUAUAAAAGUGAUAUCUGCAUAAUUAGGGUAGCUUAUACAGAACACGAGGAUUCCUUAUAAGAAUAAAUUGCCUAGGAUAAACAAUAAAAUGUAAAAAAGCUAUAUACAAGAAAAUUCCAAUCCCAAUUAAGACCCAAUUAAAUUUCAACGAAGCGACUGGUAAUAUCAGUACGAAACUAGCAUAAUAGUGGUUUCUUCUAUCAGGAUGCUCAUUCGAAACCCUGAAAAACAACCGGAGAAACAUGAUAUUUAAUAAACGCAAAACGGUACACGUACAAAAGCAUGGGUUGAAGCCUUUAAAGCUUAAAAUAACCUGGUAAACACAACACUGCCGCGCUCCAUGAAGUGCAUCUCUUCUAAAGUUAAUUUCGUAACCAUCAAAAGCAGUGUAUUGAAGCUAAGGUAUUAGUACUGAUAAAAGCGUCAGUUUUUUAGUCGCUUGAACAAAAUUUACCACAAACAUGUGCUAUGCAUUUUACUGUACUGCAGUUACAUCGUAAACGCUAUACACAAUAUAUAUCUACACUGUAUCUGAGUCUGGGAAAUAUGUAGUCUCAAUCCAGCUUUCAUAAAUUGUUUAGCCCAUUUCCAAUUUACGAUUCGUUAAAGUCAGUAAUCCUAUAUUUACAUUUUUCCAGAUUGGUGUAAUUCUAACAGCAAACGUUUCUUUAGCGCCAAAUAUUACAUAACAUUUUUUUUUUUCUCAGUGACCUUUCAAAGAACCAGCUAAGGUACAUUUCGCAGAACGCCUUCAGGAAUCUAUCACUACUUUCAGUGCUGUAAGUAAAGUUUACUGAACAAUCAAUAUCUUUUUCUCCGUCCAGAUUAUAGUUAGAUUGAACAUAUAGAUGCCAGGGAAUAGAAGGCUUAAUCUAUCAAUCUAUUCUCAGAGCAUGAGAAAGGAAAGCCUAAUAUGGCUGUAAUGAUUGAUUGACUAAAUAAGGUUGGUUCGAAACUUUGAACCUAAAUACUCCUUUAGUUUUACCACACGAAGUCCUCACUAUUUUUCCAAUUUAAGAACUCCGGUAUAAGUGGAAUAAGGCCACUGAUCAUGCUAUUGUCUCCUUCGAAUUCCAAAUGUCUGCAAACGCCCCGCCAGGAUGAAUCGCUUUAUUUACGAUUACAAUAAAGGCGAUUUCUUCUCCAAGGGCAACAAACUUAUCGAAUAUAAUUUCGCCUCAUGCGGCCGACAUUAACGACGACUGGCGUUGCUGAAAAGAACUACAGCAAAUGCAAAGCACAGCGCAUCACUAGGAAACUUAAACCCGUCAUCUUUGUCUACAUAUGGCCGGCUCUCAGCUUGAAGUUGUCUCUGCCGAGAAGGAUCUUGGUGUUUACAUAACGGAUAACCUCACGUGGAAUAAGCAAGGCAAUGUGCAAUGUGCAAUGCGCUAAGGCCAGUAGGCCCCUGGGAUAUAUUUUCUCUGCCGUAUAAUUAAAGGUCUAGUCUCCCGACUUUUUAGUAAAUUUUAAAUGCCCCUCACAAAUUAAGACGGAAUCCACCAGGACACUGAGUAAUUUUGACUUUCAGUGUACAAAAAUCUUGUAGCAGAAUAAUUUAAAGCAUAUUGCAUUCUCACAUACAUUUUUCAAGGGCUAAAGAUGUAAUAAAUCAUCCGUAGUAACACCAAAAAAAAAUUCUCACGGGAGCCCGAGGGCUCAAAAGGGCCUAAAAGCCCUUGAAAAAUGUAAAAAAGAAUGCAAUAUUCUUUAAAUUAUUCUGGUACAAGGUUUUUCUCCACUGAAAACUAAAAUUAUUCAAUUUCCUGGUGGAUUCCGUCUUAACCGCAAAUAUGCUAUUUGUUUUCAACUUGUUAAUGAAAUCUUUUCACAGCAACAAAAAACCUAAUUAGGAAAUAGUCACGUGACUGAUGACGUCAUUACCUCAGAUUCGACAUGGGAAUAUACAGUCUUAAUUCUACGUAUCAAAUUGCCAAAGUUAUAGAGAUUUUUAAAAAAUUGCCUCGAAGGAUGCUGUGAGAUUUUUUUAUGAUAAUCAUCUGCCACUUGAUUUCCAUAGGCAGUUUAAUUGUUCAUUUGACAUAUCCGAUUGCAAGCAUCUGACAGUUCCGAUGUAACGAUACCAAAAUUAAGUAAUAAAUAUGAGUUGUUGUUAAGAACCAUUCAGAUUUGAGUAUCAGUUAAACCCCGCUUUGAUUAGUUAAACUUUGGAACUGGUUAAGCUUUUCGAUAGCCUACGCGCUAACUGCGUACACAAACAAAGACUAAUGAUAUUACUAUACUUUCAUUUGUUGGUAUUGCAGCUUGCUCCAAAAGAACUUCAUUAGAGGAUCGUUCCAUCUCCCUGAAAGAGUUCACCUACUGUAAGUUUUUGCUAUCGUUGAUGACGAUUUUACGGUUGUUAAGUAAAUUAUCACUACAACUUACAGGCCAGGAGGCCCGACAACAUAGCUACAUGCCACUUUUUUGUUGUGGUUCUUGUUGUGUGUCUGUUUGUCUGUCCCUCUGUUAAUUGUUUGUUUGUUUGUUUGUUCGUCAGUUGUUUUAAUCUAUGCAAUUUCCAAAGGCUGAAAAGAAUCAGUAAAAUUGGGAUUAUCUGUUUUCUACAGUAUUUUUGAAAUGAACGAUUUUCUGCCUUUGGACCUGCUGAUUGUAGAUAAUUGUUAUAUUUAGCCUUGCCAGAUAACAUUUAGUACUUUUCAUUCCAUGUGUUGAUCAGAAUAUAAUUUCUGAUGCUUUAUACCUUCUUUUUAGGAAUAUUGAAGAGAACUUACUUUCCCUUGGAGACUUAAAAGUUAUCCUUAAAGGAUUAAAUGAAUUGACUUACUUGUAAGUGGCAUAUUAACAUUUUCUCCACUGCAAGGCAAACAGCUUUUUCUGGGUAUAGUGCCUCUCACCUAUCAUAAUCAAAUAAUUUGGCUUCUCUACUCUCCCGAAAAUGUAUCUCUAUCCCCCCUACACACACAGACACGCUUGUCCAACCUCGAUGAUAUAGAUGUGUAAUACCCGACGGUCCAGUACAUGCAAAUUUACGACUGAGAUAAAAACGCGACACACUAGUAAAACUCAAGUAAACUGAAACACAAACAUGGCAUCCACAAAUGAACUUGUUAUUGAUCGUCGAUUAUUUAAAGAGGAUGCGAGACAAGCGCCUGUCAAAAUUUCUCCAUAGAGUUGAGGAUAAAAUCACCUAAAUCAAAAUCCUCGAUGAUUUCCCAUUUCAUUAGCAUCUUCUUAUCUUUAUGAACAAUAACACUGUCUUUUUUGAGUUAAUGACAUAUAGGCUUCAAUCCGGUUUUGAAUUCAAAAAGGAACCAAUACUAACACCAUGUAUCUGUGUAAGAUGGAUAAAUUCCUUCCUUUAGCAACGUAAUUAUAAUUAUAUCUUUGCGUAGCCAAUGAAUCACUGUGUAUUUGAUCACACAGGAAUGCUGCGGGCAAUAAACUUGGUCCUGUUCUAACAGCUGACGUUUUUGCUGAUUUAAGAAUUCUUGAUGUUCUGUAAGUUGUUAUAUAAAAGAAAUAAAUAAGGGGAGUUUAAUAUAUCACACGAUCACACCCAAUUUACUUACAUUACCUGGUGGAAUUCUUCAAGACUAUAAGACUAAGACCAUAAACCAGGAAAAAAAUCGUGCGCGUCUCUGACCGCAAGGCCUUUGGCCAUUUUCUUUGUCAUGACGCGCAGUUUCCUAUAACGAGGUUUUAUUUACUGCAGGCGCACAAGAAAAAUUCCCGUAUGUGCCGAGGUAUUCUGGGUGAUGCAUCAUAUUUUUCAUAUACAAACGUUUAUUACCAUUGCUGACAACACGGCACUGAAAAGAAGGCCGAGUUCGAGAAAUGAUAAUAACUAAGUUUCUUGAAAGCAAAGAAACAAGUAGACAUUUUUUGUCAUUGUUGUUUUUGUAGUUAUUGUUGUUGUUUUUGAUUUGGAGGAGGGUGCGGGUGGGUAGAAAUAAUGACCUGUUAACCGUUUCAGUUUGACUAUUCUAUGAGCUUUCACUUAGGCACAUUGAACAUUGCGAGCUGACUCAUAUACAGACUGGGGCUUUGAGAGCAACGAGAAAUUUGACUCAUCUGUAAGUAGGCUUACCAAAGAAAACAAUUUUAAUGCAGUCAGGUGGUCGCUUACUAGCGUAGCCCCAUACCUAAGAAAAUGUGAUAAUCCACCCAUCCGAAAAACAUUUUGGUAAUCACUUGACCAUAUGCCCGACCGACUGUCCGUCCGAACGACAGGCAUACCAAUUUUGAAUAACUCAAUCAAGAAAAAGAAGUAAUAGUUUGUAGAAGUAAUAGAAGUAGUUUGAAUAACUCAAUCAAGAAAAGGAAGUGUCUUGUCUUAUUCUUGCAAAACAACGGCAAAGAAAGAUACAAAAGGAGUGUGCUGCAAGUGCAAAGUUCCUUUUCUGCUGAUUAGACCUACUGUUGUUUUUUCACCAUUCUCGUUGCCUUCGCCGCUUAGCAUUGCACGAUUUUAUAUUUUGUUUGGGCAAACUAUACAUAUUAUCGACAGCUUCGCUUUUAUCUCUGGCUAAAUCUAUGUAUUAUAUAGAAUCGAACCACAAAGGUCUCUUUCAAGAAGAUGUCCGGGCACAUCUACUUUAUGAAAGAUGAUUUAAAUAAAUAAGCGUGGCCAUGUAAACCUGACUUUCAAACCAAAGUUAAACCAGACUAAAAAAUCACGUAAUUACUCGACUCACCUGAAAUGCAGUUCCUGGAAGCCAAAAAGUGAGAAGGAAACAUGGCUCGAAAAUGUGCUCAUGUUAAUGUACUCUCAAUCACCAAAACAGCUCUUGUCGUUAAAAGUAAAUUGAUUGCUAUUUUUUAUUUCAGUGACCUUUCUUAUAAUAGUUUGUCCAGCAUAGAGACUGGUACGAUCGAAGAGCUUGAACAACUAGUCCUUUUGUAAGUACAAGUGACCCAGAACUUUCAAACUAGUAUUAUUUCAACAAGACAAUGCUUAUGCAAAUUCUGGCUUUAAGAAUUUUCUUCUUCUUUCCAUAAGGUUUCUCGCACGAAACAGAAUUUCGACGAUUGCCGAUGGUACAUUUAAAAGACUUAAAUAUCUCAAUAUCGUGUGAGUGGUUUCUGUAAAAAGCAACCUUAAUAGUAUUUUUUUCGUAUGGUUAAAUUAACAAUAAUAGAACAGUAGUAGGGCUUCAGCAAAGAUAAGCCUUGCGAUGGAUUAGGUGGAUUAGGUGCCUAUGGAUUAGGUGGAUUAGGUGCCUAGUCAAUGACGUCACCCAUUGUUAUAACCUACAUACUAAUUUGGAUUAAGUUUACUAAUGAGCGUCACUCUACUACAAUAGGAACAAUAGGCUUGCCUAGACUUGCCCGUAAAGUAACUUGAGCUCGGUUUUCGAACAGUCUAUUAAAAGGAAAAUAGGAAUAAGAGAAGCGAUCACCUAGCAACGCGAGAAACGGCUUCCUAUAUCUUAUUUAGCGCUAAAACUCAGAUAUAUAAACAAAACACAUGUGCACAAAGUGGAGUUGAAAAGUCUUUAUUUCCGUUUAGUUUAUGUCUUCUUAUUGAGCUCUAAAACUCGGAUAUAUAUAAACAAAAUACACAAAGUAGAACUGAAAACUCUAUUUCAAUUUUGUCUGACGUUUUCUCCGUUCUAUCUCGAGGAAAUGAAAAACUAUUAAAGUCUUGUAAUUUCACGCACUGUUAGUCAGUUAAUUAUGCGAGUUCACAAGCCCAAAGUUGAAUACAAAUUUGCUCUACAGGAAAGACCCAAGGGAGCACCUUGACGUAUUAUUAUAAAACAAAUAACUUAACAAGGAUCAAUUAAAACACGCGACUAAUAAUUGCUAGCAAUAAAAUCUGACCCCACAUCGACCCCACAUCGACCCUACACUCAACUUUUUUUUAACACUGCUUCAUAAAUAGUGAAGCUAUAUACCACCACCGCCACAUUUCUAUUGUUUUCCCACCACCACCACCACCACCACCACCGCCACCACAUUUCAAUUGUUUUCCCUCCUCCUCCUCCUCCUCAUUUUUAUUGUUUUCCCUCCUCCUCCUCCUCCUCCUCAUUUUUGUUUUGGUACAGUAGGGGUACAGGAGGGGUACAGGAGGGGUACAGGAAGGGUACAGGAGGGGUACAGGAGGGGUACAGGAAGGGUACAGUAGGGGUACAGGAGGGGUACAGUAGGGGUACAGGAAGGGUACAGGAGGGGUAAAGUAGGAGUACAGAAGGAGGAGGAGGAGGAGGAGGAGGGAAAACAAUAAAAAUGAGGAGGAGGAGGAGGGAAAACAAUAAAAAUGAGGAGGAGGAGGAGGGAAAACAAUAAAAAUGAGGAGGAGGAGGAGGAGGAGGAGGGAAAACAAUUGAAAUGUGGUGGCGAUGGUGGUGGUGGGAAAACAAUAGAAAUGUGGCGGUGGUGGUAUAUAGCUUCACCAUUUCCGAAGCAGUGUUAAAAAAAAGUUGAGUGUAGGGUCGAUGUGGGGUCGAUGUGGGGUCGAUGUAGGGUCGAUGUAGGGUCGAUGUGGGAUCGAUGUAGGGUCGAUGUGGGGUCGAUGUAGGGUCGCUAGGAGGUCGAUGUAUUUGUGGAUGGAAAAAUAUAUAGAAUAAAUGAGGAGGUGGAGGUGAAGGAGGGGAAUAAAAAACAUUGAGGAGGGAAAAUAAUAAAAAUUGUGGAGGAGGGAAUAAAAACAUUGAGGAGGGAAAAUAAUAAAAUUGUGGAGAAGGGAAAAAGAAAAAAUUGAGGAAGGAAAUAAAAUUGAAAAGGGAGAGGGGUAAGUAAAACAUGACUUGCUUUCUUUGACUGUUUUAAUAGAUUUCUUUCAAAUCGCUGUGUGUUUGACUCUUUUUGUUUUAAACGGUAUCUCGUGUCAGAUUUUAUUGCUAGCAAUUAUUAGUCGCGUGUUUUAAUUGAUCCUUGUUAAGUUAUUUGUUUUAUAAUAAUACGUCAAGGUGCUCCCUUGGGUCUUUCCUGUAGAGCAAAUUUGUAUUCAACUUUGGGCUUGUGAACUCGCAUAAUUAACUGACUAACAGUGCGUGAAAUUACAAGACUUUAAUAGUUUUUCAUUUCCUCGAGAUAGAACGGAGAAAACGUCAGACAAAAUUGAAAUAGAGUUUUCAGUUCUACUUUGUGUAUUUUGUUUAUAUAUAUCCGAGUUUUAGAGCUCAAUAAGAAGACAUAAACUAAACGGAAAUAAAGACUUUUCAACUCCACUUUGUGCACAUGUGUUUUGUUUAUAUAUAUCUGAGUUUUAGCACUAAAUAAGAUAUAGGAAGCCGUUUCUCGCGUUGCUAGGUGAUCGCUUCUCUUAUUCCUAUUUUCCUUUUAAUAGACUGUCCCAAAACCGAGCUCAAGUUACUUCACGAGUUCCUAUUGUAGUAGAGUGACGCUCAUUAGUAAACCUAAUCCAAAUUAGUAUGUAAGUUAUAACAAUGGGUGACGUCAUUGACUAGGCACCUAAUCCACCUAAUCCAUAGGCACCUAAUCCACCUAAUCCAUCGCAAGGCUUAUCUUUGCUGAAGCCCUACUACCUAGAACAAAUAAACAAUAAAGGGUUUUUGCAACAGAGUAGACUUGGUGGCUGCAAGGGAUUCUCGCGAGUGAUUGGUGUCCAAUUGACUUGUCCCCAUUUUUCUUGCCGCUCUACAGCCUAAACAAAAGCAAAGGAAGAAUAAGGCAGCGUGCGCAAGAUAGAUUCCGCAAGCUACAAAGGCAGUUGUGAGGGGCUAGGGUAACAAGAGCGUUUUUUUUUCUACAAGACUUAAAAAUACAUGAUUAAAACUUGGCAAUUACUGCGACGGUUCAAACAUCCCAGAAACCCUAAAUUAAUGAGUCUACAUCAGAGUGGUGCUCAUAAAAAUAUCUUUAUAUCAUCCGCGUGUAUGAUCUUUUCCAAAGUUAUGAGUUUGAUCGAUGACAGUGAGUUUUUUAAGUCUCUGUCGCACAUUUGGCAAAGCUUUUGUUAAAGAUUUCAUCAUAAACGUAAUGCUUCUUGUUAGAAUUUCGAUUAAAGACAUUACAAGCUCUGUUCAGACAACCUGAAAUUCACAAUAAAACAGCAGCGAUUGAACAUAAUGUCAAACAAAUCCGUUUGAUCUCCUCUUUUUAAUGUGCACAGGGGAAUUUGGACUUGAAAUUUUUUUUCUAAGAAUUUCAAACCAAAACAAUUAAAUUAAAGUCUCCGUAACUGACAAGAUAAGAAUCUAAUCUAAUAAGAAUCUUUAACUCCAUAGAUAAUAUUAGAAUCUCCUGAUUUAGUCAGUAGUUCGCAAGCAAGUAAACAUAAACAUAAUUUCCAUCGAUGUUCUUUAAAACAGGUUUUACGUGACAAAGCAGUCUUGUCGCUUAUUCAGGUGCCCAGAUAAAUCUUUCAAUUUUGCCAGUAACGAAAUUACAAAUAGAAGAUAAUAUAAUUUUAAACAAUUCAGUACUUCAUCAUUAAACUUCAGGUUAAGCUAAAAUAUGACACAAAGUACAAAAUAGUUAAGGAACUGGCGAUUUAUCACCACGUAGACAGCUCUACGCCAGAUAAGGCACUAUUACGAGCAUAAGUACUUUUUAACGAGACAAAACAAUUCUUUACUUUAAUAUGCGUUCGAAAAAUGAUAGCUCGGAUCAACGCUAUCUACUGUUGAACAUGCCGCCCUCAAAUUUCAGCGGAGCUUUAGCGCGCGCGGAGCAACAGGGGUAAAAAAAAUCUGGUUAUCCAUGCACACAAAAACAAAGCCAAUUCUUCUCUUACAUUGACGUGGAUAACAGAGAAAGAGCUAGAGCGACAAAUUCGUCGGAAGAAUAAAAUGAAAAUUGUAUUGCGGGGGUAAGAAAAUGAGAAAUGCUGGCGGCCGCUAAGGUGAAACUGUGGCAGCGAAAAGUCAAGUGAACUGGAACACAUACAACAGUUCCUCCAUAAAACGUGUAACUAGGAAGGUUCUGGAAGUUUCACGUUGUAGUCGUGCAAAACAACGGAAAAGAAAAGUACACAAAAGUGCGCUGCAAGUGCAAAGUCGUUUUUCUGCUAGUUAGACCUGCCUUUUUUUGGCUGUUUAUAUUUUGUUUGAGUAAACUAUAGAUAUUAACGAGGCCUACUCUGGGACCUUAAGUCGCCUAGCGAUCUAAGGCGACUUCAGGCAAAUUUGCUCAAAAUGUUGUGCGACUGAAGGUGGCUCCCUACAGUAUUUACUAAUAACCCUAGCUAUCUAGCAUACGUUACAGAAGGAAAUCUAGUUACUUUGCGAUUCUGGUCACGAGAUUUCCAGCUAAGGUUACCCAUAUAAGAAGGCUCCUUCAUCAAGUUUCAUUUUCUGGAUUAAGGCCGUUGCCAUGGCAACAUCGCAUCCUCAAACAGGCAGUAAUUUUGUCAUUUUUUAUCAUUUUUUCUUAAUAUUUCUUAUUUCCCUCAAUCAAAUGUCUUUAAAGUGCAAAGAACAUGGGGUCGUCAAGACGUUGUUGCCAAUAUUUUGAAAUUUGUAAUUUUUCUUACUUAACUUGCAUCCUGAUCAAAGCAACCUUUCCAUCGACGAACCAACAUCCUUGUACUUUUUCUUGCUUCAAAAAGUCCUUCAACGCACAUGCAAGAUGCACUAGAAAAUGUUUUUGCACAACGAAAAAUAAUUUUUGAGUCGCAUAUUGACCCUUGACGAAAGCAAUAGUUGUCCGUCGAGAACUAUGGUCUUGUACGUGCAGCUUAGGACAUGAUGCACGUUCUUAAGAUCGGCGGUAUCUUUUACAGAACACUUUUAAAGAUAAACUUUCUCGUCGAAAUUAUCCCUAAGGAAGAACAAGGUUAAAAAAGUAUCCGGAAAUGGGUUGACAUUUGAAGAUCUGCAAACAGCGAACAGAAGAUUAACAAAUGAAGGGCUUAUUGCGAUUCCUGCACAACGACUGUCUUCAUCUCCGAUGAUCGCCUUCCGCACGAGUGACGACCAACACGGCUCAAAUUUUAGAUAAUAGUCAAGUACUUCGAAGAAAACAUCCAGUGUUAGGUAUAAAAUUAAAUCCGCUAUGUCUCCUUUUUCAACUGGCGAGACAUUACCGUAAUAAUACUAAUAAACAGCUUUAAAAAUGGCUUUCGUACUUUUCGAAGAAACCACAUGUUUUCAGUAGCUAAGUGCAUUAUGCGCAUGCGGGCGUGAUGGCUCACGUUCGUAUUUUGUUCAUACGACCCCGAACCACGCCUGUUUCGGAUUUUUGUGACGUCAGCGCAAUUAAUUAACCGCGAAUUUCUCGCGUUUCCUUUGGGUAAUUUUUUUAAAAAAUCGCCUCAUUUCUUAACAGCUGCAGUGCCUUUGUACUGUCCAUUUUUGUUAGGAAACCUUUUUUUCUGAUAAAGUUUUUAAACAAUGUGAUAGAGUCGGCAAAAGAAAAAAAAACUAUACUGCCUGUAAUCUUGCCUUAAAGCCAUUUCUAGAAUUUCUUAAAUCAAAUAAAAUGAUUGUCUUCACCUUCGCUGGUGAAGACAAUCUUCACUGUUUGUUCGGGACUUGGCUAGAUGUUUCAUAUCUUUCAACUGGCCGUGAACCAAAGGCCAGAAACAGUAACAUUGCUUCCUUCAGGGUUAAUGUACUUACUUCUUUGUUUUCUUUGUAAAGUUUCCAUUCACCAUUUACUUUACGUUUGUCUACUUUUGACGCGAAAGAAUUGAUGUCUUUGGAAGAUUUCUGCUUCGUUUAUACAUACAAGUUACUCAUAUGGAGAUCGAUAGUGACUUGGAACCAGUGUAACAUUAUGGCCUCUCAUAAAUGUUUGACCUGUACUAACCAAACUUUUUGCACAAUGAGCUUCAACAGCAAGUUAAUAAAAGUUUUUGGAGGGAAUAUAUUGAAACUGAGAGCUGGGCCGUGUUUGUUUUAUUUUUGCGUGGACAUCGCGUGGAUUUUAAAGCUCGCGCCAUACUAGUGCUCAGGCUGCGCACGGCUAAUUUACUCUAAGGAGCCACCUUAAGGCGCCUUUAGGCGAUAUAAGGUGAUAUAUUAGGUCAAUUAAAUAUUAGUGUAUACAAAAUUGACAUUUACUGAUAACAACACCUCUCUAGAGACACAACGUCGUAGCAUAAGUUAAUUCAGUCUUGGAGACAACUACAUUAGCCUUCCAAAAUUUCAGCAAUCGCAACACAGAGAAUACUAAAAUAGUAAUGCUACCUAAUAUUUUUAGCAUUAACUAUAAAGGUAGCCUGUGUUGCAGAUGUAUUCUAACCCUGGGUAGAAUACAUCCUUGUUCUGGGCGCCAACGUACUCAACGAAUUACCGGCAUUUUGAGUUUCCCUUAAAAUGAUUGGCAAAUGAAUAAUGGCAUUUUUAACAUUGAACCAGUCCUGGCACGUACUCAAAUCCUGGUACACACACGGGGGGCUAUGAUUUUGCCGCUGUUUUGCAGACGCACUUACCCUAAGAGUUUAUUUCCAUCUGUGCCACAGGCUAAUAUCAAGGGUGUUGGUUUAGUAUUACAUUAGCAGACACAAAAUCUGAGUAAGAAGCAACCAAAAGGGUAAAUUCUCUCUUAGCCUUUUAAUGCAUUAUUUUACAAUAUAAGGGACAAAAAAUCAAUGGUUCCUGCAUUUUUAAGUACAGUAUUUCAAUACAUCUCUCUGUAAAAUACUAUGAGCUGGUUUGUAGCAAAAACUUUAUAUUAAAGUGUCUUUUUUCAUUUUCACACGUUUCGGUGUGAAAUCGGUCUGCCGGUAGACUGGAACGGGUCGCGCAUGCGUAACGUUUGCAAUUUUGAAUCACACGUGUAUUUUAUCAACAUACAGUGUACCUUCAAAUAACGAGAUAUGAAAUGGUCCAGUCAUCAUGUAAACGGGACACAGCAAUUUCGCAGUUUUUGAUGACUGAUAUUGCCUUCAAUAUUGCUUGCAAAGAGCUGAAAAUUGCACAAAUUGCUCAACUUAAUCAGCUCUUUCAACUUUUGCAUUUAGUUCAUAUAUAUUGCCACGGCUUCUAUGAGUCAAGUCGUAUGCUAAUGAGGAAAAUGUAAACAAUGACGUUAGCAAAGAUUCGCCUAUUGACAACAACAAGAGUGAAUUUGUAUCCACCAUUUUUCUUCUCCCAGAACUCCACUGCAGUCGCAAGCUAAUUUCCAUUGUUUCUCGGCCCCGCCCUCUCCCCGAAUCCAGACUUGCUAGUCACGUGACCAAAACACACAACUCUUAGUUACCUGGAAUGUAUUUCAAUGUUGGACUUUCACAAAGCAGUAGAAAGGAGACUUUUACUUUUUAAUUUAUAUUUUAUUCAGGGUAAACAAAAUAUAAAGUGAAAGAAGGAAGUGAGCUUUACAGCUUGCUAUUCCCGACAAGCUGUAAUUUAGCUAGAACUUGAACCUUUGAAUGCCUUUUUAACAACACUUUUACUCGGAAAUAUGAGACCACCCCCCACCCCCCGAUGAAAUUAGUAAAGUACCUAUACAAGUGCCUAGAUGAAGUUGUGUACCAUAUGUUGUCAUUUUUGCGUAAACAAUACGAGGAUGAUUAUUCUUGUAUUGCUUAGAACUAUUCAUUAUGUGUAACAAAUUGCCUAGAGUAAUUCAAUAUAUAAAUUAGAGGGCUGGAGAAGAAAUGAAUUGGGUCUUAAGUCACUGUGGGAGUUUUUUGUCGGGGGUGGAGGGGUGGGGUGGGUCUGUGGCUAAUAUUAGUGAACAUAGGCUAUUACACAAUGAGAAAUCAUGCAUUCUGGAAAUAGAAAACUAGAAAAGUAAUAACUACCAGACAAUUUGAACCUCUUAAGGACUAUAAUGACUUAAAGUGACUUAAGACGACUAAAAGCAACCUAAGGCGACUUUAGGCGACUUAAGGUCCCAGAGUAGGCCUCUAACGAGAGCUUCGCUUUUUGCCCUGGCUAAAUCUAUAUACUAGCAACAAGCCUAUCAAACACUGCUCGUACAGUGUCUAUCAGCCUUUGCUUUUCUUUGGUAGGUUAAUAGCUGCACUUAGGUGAGAAAAUGUUAAUUUCCUAGAGUUCAGUAUUUCUUAUAUUCGAUAUUAGGAAGCUCAAUUCAAACCGACUGAGAUCUGCUCCAGAUUUGAUGGGUCUUACCAAUCUGGCAGUCUUGUAAGUAAAUAACUAGUAAGCUACUUAAUUUCUUUAAUUUCAUUUUUACUCUUAUUUUUAAACAGCAAGGGCGUCAAGGACAUCAACCGACCCCUACUUUAGGGCAUGUGUCAUAACUGCCAGGUUAUCCAUGCACAGAUAUGACACUUGUCAUUAAGGCCUACCUACUCUUGGCUCGGACCUCUGUCAUUGUUGUAUUUCAUGAGUAAUAUUUCCUUCUUUUUAAAAGCAAAAUAUUAUAACUGCCACCGUACAAAUCCAUUUAAGUAUUAUGUGAAAAUUUUCAACAAAGGAAAAACGUGUUUAUUAAAAUGCCAUCCCUAUUUCAAGUCCCAUUGUUGCUCUAUAAGAUUUUGGAGAAAAGAACAGCCUAUUUUGGAAAAAAGAUUUGAAACUUAAAUUCCAACGAUUCUUAACAUUGCUAUGGGAAGUGUAACUCGCAUUAAGGUAAUUCCCUUGAAAAUGAGGUAAUAUCCAGAUUUUUAAAACUUGGCACAAUUGACAGCCAUAUAUCAAGACCAGCACCUUUUUAGCCGGUAAGAGUUAUCACAAAUUCACUAUCGCUAUUGAAACCGUUUGGACUAGUAAAGAGGCCUUUGUUAACUCUCUUUUGGCGACCGGUAAAAAUAUCUGCCUCCUUUGACGUCGCAAUGUUAUGCGCUGUAUCCGAUGCGCAGUGCAAAGCAAGGGAGGAAAUUACCUCAAACAUUACAAAGAAAAAUGAAUACUUAAUCUUGACUAAUUGAAGUUUAUUGUGCCUGUGGAAUGUUUUAUUGUUUUUCAACUUUAAAAAAAAACAAUCAAAACUUAUAACUAGCAAAAAAGUGGCUGUAACGUACAGAUGAAUGCACCCUUAAUAAGCUUAAACAUACUAGGGCCGUUUAUACGAGAGAAAAUAAGCCGCGGCUUACAUAAGACGAGAAAGGAACCAUUUACACGAUUACGCCUUACGUAAGACGCGAACAGCUGGUAUAAAUGGUUCACGGCUUACUUCGCGGAUAGAUCGGUCCAAUGAUGACGUAAAUUGCUUUGGUGCCUCGUUUUAGAGUAACUGUAUUUGCAUCUCGUUAUUGCAACAAUGGCUCGAGCGAGCAAAAAAGCUAAACGACUGGCUUUAGCCAGCAAAAAACGCUGUACUUUUCACUGUCUUUUUCAUUUUUAACUGUCUCUUCAGUCAAAAUUAGUGUAGGGUUCCCAGAUAGCUAAUUUGUUAAAGAAAAUUCGCACUUCGCUGCACAUUAGCAAAAUUAGCUCUUAUUCAGCGGCACUCCAUACGUUUCUGUUUUUAGAUUAAUCUCUAUCCGUCGUCGUCCCCGCCAUUUUCCAGGUUUUAAAGGGAGUAAUUGUAAACAAAACAUAUUCUCCCGCCACUGCAGCGUGGGUCUCUCAGCCAUGAAGGUCUGGGUAUAAUUAAAUAUAGAGCAUGCGCAGCAAAUCGUUCAUGGCUUCGGCAAGCCGCGGACAACGUUUGAGUGCAUUUAUACGAACACUUUCACGUCCAAGGUAAGCCGCGGCUUGGAUAAGCCCAGCCCAAAACCCCUCGGCCAGGAUAAGCCGCGGCUUGAGCUGCCCGUGGGUUGAAUAGGCCCGUGAACGUAGAUUUUGUAUCAUUUAUACCUGCUGUUUGCGUCUUAUGACUAGGCCGUGGUUUAUUUUGUCUCGUAUGAACGGCCCUACUGUUACCUUAUAAAUCACUUUAGAACGAAGAAUCUAUUCACUCAAGUUAACGUCUAAUAGACCUUUUUAGCUGGUAUUUUUGGUUUCCCCAAUAAAGGAGCCUGGGCUCCUAGCCUUUGUCGUUUCGUAAAUUAUGCAAACAUAUUAAGCACCUGAUAAGACGAAAUCUCAAAGAAACAGUUAUCUAGAACAUUAUCACAUGACCUGUAUUGGGAAAAAACAAGGAAAAGAGGUCUAUUGUAUGGACAUUUCAAAGAGUUACUCUUACAAUCCCUUUGUUAUUGUAGUUUCUGUUUCUUUGAUGGUUUUUAGCUCUAUGGAAGACAAUCAAAUCAUGAACCUAACAAAACUUGUCCAGUCGGGGAACAUAUCGAUUCGCAGAUUGUAAGUGUACACUUAAAUAUAGCAAUCUUGUUUGCGAGACUGUUGCAAACAUUUUUUUAGAGUAAAAAUCCCUAAAAUGAACAUGUGUUACAAAGUGUUCAUUACUCCAACCGUUAAAGGUGUGGUAAGACGAAAAACAAAACACGCACAACUUGUUUUACAACAUUGCUGCAAACUAACCAGUUAAAAAGCGAUGUUGCGUUAUUUUUCUUGCAACAAAAGUUGUUGCAGGAGGUAGAGAGUAAUUCCACUUUUUGCAACAAAGUGGGUGGAAAAACGCGCAACAUCGCUUUUCAAUUCGUUUUGCAGCAAUGUUUUGAAACAAGUUACGCGUUUAAUCGUAGCUUUACACACUGAGUUCUUCCAUAUUAAUAUAGAUGGAUGCGCGCAUGUCUACUGAUACUAAAAAGGUGGAGGAGGCGCCAAAAUUAAAGAGCUAGAAGUUCUUAGCUCAUUCAGUUUUCUGAACAACAGUAUAUAAAAUCUUCUUUUUUGAGCCAUAAAGGAGGUGUGGGGGCUUAAUAUGAGAUAGAAAAAUUUUGCUUAACGAUAAAAAGAACGACGUUCUCUUAAACUUCUUAUGCAUUUGAUAAAUCCGAUGACAACUGUCGUUCUCAACUCUUACUACCGAAACUGGUAGUCUGCGAAUUCAAAGACAGGCGUGAUAGUAGCCUGCGAAAUUGACGCUUCUCCUUGCUGAUCGCCUCUGGGGGACGUUUCGCAAGAAAGAAGAUCUGCGACUCAAUGACAGAAAUUCCAUACUGAUGACGUAUAAGCUGUCCGGAAUACGGUCAUAAUCGCUGAUUGGACGGAGAAGUUACAUUCUUUUAGCUAUUGUUUACGAAUGACAGACAAAAGGCUAAAAAAAUGAAAUGUAAAGGCCAAGAAUCUAUAAUAAAACAGUCAAUAUUUGUAGAAUAUAUUCUUCUCUAGAAGAAGCAUUUGAGUUUUGCUGGAGUUCGUUCGCAAUUGAACACAAUCUUUACCAAAAUUGACCAGCAGAAACGUAAAAUUGAACAAAUUUGCAUUUGGAACCCCACGUACCAGAUUUAUCAUGUAAACAUUGAGUUACGUCAUCAGUAUGGAAUUUCUGUCGCUGAGUCGCAGACGUUCCUCCUCGCGGAACGUCCCCAGCGGCUAGGAGCGUGGAGAAAAGGCUGUUCUCGCAGGCUAGCGUGAUAGUUAACGACUUAGGUCAUGUGGCUUUGUUUGUCAAACCAAAAAGGUGAACUCACUUGGUAAUAUUCUUUUCUCAUUGCUGGCUUCGUUGCUCGCGCAUCAGAGUUUUCAGAGUUUUAAUAUAGCGCUAGAAGGCUGGAAGCGAAAGAACGUCCAUCGAUUGACUUCCUACGAACGAACAAUUCUCCUUUUUGCUUGACAAAGAACACCAUUGUGCAUUUUACUUGACUUAGCAUAUGUUUGACCGGCCAAACGCUCAGGAAUGUGACCACGUGAGUUCACCUUUUCGGUUGGACAAACAAAGCCAUGUAACUCGAACUUGUGGUCCCAAAAUCAAGUCUCUCAAUUCACGGUCUACCGGCUGUUUCGGUAGUAACAGUUCUCUUCUUUAUUUUUUUGCUGGUUUCCCUUUUUGUUGCUGUUUUUGUUUGUUUGGUUUGUUUAUUUCCACUUUUACAGUGUUCUGUAGCUUGGUUAUGAAAUGAGAUUUAUCACUUCACCAAGGUCAUCAAGUGGGUCUAUUUUUCUAUUACUUGAAAUACUAAUUCGCUUUAUUUUACUACAUUUAUUUUGUUACAUCUUUCAGAGACCUGGGUCAAAAUCAGAUUGCUCAUUUGCCAGCCACUAUUUUUCAACAGCUUUCUGUCGUUAGUGAACUGUAAGUUGACCCACAUAAUUACAUCAAUCAUAUAUCACAUAAAAAGUGUAUAUAAUAUUGAUUCAGGCUCUGUCUGAAUGAACAAAAAAAACAGUCAUAACAUAGCUAGAAUAUAAUAAGAAUAAUAAGAACAUUUAAAACUUGAUAUAGCGCCUUUUAACAUUCAAAUGAUCAAAAGCGCUUUACAUGAAUUUAAAAAUAUAUAUAAAAAUACAAUAACUAUAAUCUAUUUUUUUGUAAGCUUGCGAGCGGGCGGAAUCCUCCAAAUGCUGCAAUCUGAUUGGUUCCGAGAGCGGGCAGUUUUUUGCGAUCUUGUCCGCUAACCCGGGCGGAAUCGUUGGCAGCUUCAUUCACGAGUUUGUUUGUUGUUGUGAAUGAGCAAAACCGGUGAUUCAGAACCAUUUUUCUUUUAAAACUUGCGCUAUUAUUAGCGUUAGCUACGGAAAAGUGGAUUUGUUACUCAGACAAAACAUCUGAAGGGAGAAUCAAGCAAGUCAGCCAGGAAAACCGCUAAAGUAAAGUACAACAGGUUGCUCGUGAUGUUGCUUCACUAGUUUUAUCUGUAAGUACUGCAAUCUUGCUCUCAUGCACCGUUUAUGACUCAAAAACCUUUCUUUAUUCUAAAAGACAGCUUAAUUGUGGUUAUAUAAAUUACAAGUUGAAAAUCAAGUUGUAAUGUUUUGUUUUGGUUUGCAAUCGAUCACGCGCUUUGAAUAACAUCAACACAAACGCGCCCUUCUUCAACACACAUAGGUUGGGGGAUGAAAUAAAAUUUUCCUGAAACUUAAAUCUCAGCAGGAAAAAAAUAAAAAUGUUAUUCACCGGCCUAGGUCGGUCCGUAUUGGGAGAAACUGUGCCCAUGGGCGGUACUCAAGACCUCCGGCACAGUUUCUCCCAAUACGGACCUCCCAGCCGGUGAAUAACAUACAUGAAUUAUAAAAAAUAUCUAUAAAACCUAAUACUAAAAAUACACAAUUGACCACCCCCAAGAAAAGCUACUCGUUGUAAGCUAAAUUAAAAAGAUGUGUCUCAAGUUUUUUCUUAAAAAUGCUGGGUGAUGUUAUUUCCUGAAUAUUUGCGGGAAGUCUGUUCCACAGUGUGGGGGCAGCAGCAUAAAAUGAACGAGCUCCUAAUGUAGAUAGCAUGCACCCCUUGGGACGGUCAAAAAAUAAUGAAGAAUUCAAUGAGCCAGUGCCUUAUAUCUUUAAUGCAAUCCUCCAUUACGUGAAUGACCUCAUCCUGCGCGUUAACAUCAUCGGGCUUGAAAGUCAGGUAUAGCUCAGUAUCAUCCGCGUAACAAUGAGCCUCGGGGAGACGACGUUCGAUAACCUUGAACAGCGUAGAAGUGUGCAUAACAAAUAGUAGAGGACCUAAACAGGACCCUUGAGGUACACAACAAUUAACGUAGCGUUGAUUAGACAGAGAUCCUUCAAUAUAGACUUGUUGGCAUCGAUUAGAGAGAUAUGAACUAAACCAGUCGAGCGUAACACCGCGCACUCCAAUGCCCUUGUCAAGUCUCUCCAACAGAAUGUCGUGAUUGACAGUGUCAGUAGAUAGCAGGUAUCGAACACAGUCCCAUAGGCUAAAAAGGUUACGCACAUACGUGGACAAUAGAAUAUGGCGCGUCAUUUCAAUCAUCACCGAAAAUAAACCGCAUACUCAUCACGAGACUCAUUUGCAUACAAUGGGAGUCGUCACGAUGCUUAUCCCCAGUUUCCACGGCCUCCUCUAGGAACGCCUGGGACCAUGGCCGACCAUUUGGGGAAGGCAACCGAAAAAAGGGAAACGCCUGCAUUUCUAGAGUCUUAAUUAACAAUUAUUCUUUGAAAUCGAGGUAAAUAGUGGCUGAAAGCCUAAAGGCGGCUCGGUAAAUAUUCCUAAAGCCACUAUUCACCAAGAUUUAAGAGAAUAAUUGUCUUAGUGUAUACACACGAAGUGAUCUCAACAAAAUCAGAAAAGAAACCAUUACAAAGUACGAUUUCAUUGGCAGAUCUGACUCAAGCGUGAAAAUUUGCACGCAGCGGUAUUACAAUGCAUGCGCAAACGUUAGAUCUUUGCAGAAUUUUGAAACUUGGUAAUUCGCAAGUUAAUCAUUUCGCAAAAAAUUUGAAUUCUUUCCUUACUUGAGAAGAAAAGUAGUGCUUUUAUUAUUAAUUUCUGUUACUGGAAACGUGGAAUUUCCGCUACACAUUUGCCUCUAUGUUCGUUUGUCUUAAACUUCGAUUUUUGGGCAAAACUUUUCUUGUUAGGAAACGGUGAGUUUACAAAACGGCCCUUUUCUUAUUGAUUGAACAGUAGUUGUAAACAUGCCAUCAAGCAAAAAAAAAAAACUAGCUUAAGUUAAAGGGAAAACGCUGUUUUGAAUAAUUGGGAGUCUUUUCUUGCCUUUAAAAACAUCAAUCCAGGGAUUUUGUCGACUUUCGAAAGAUCUUUCUCUACAAAAACUGGAAAAACACCGAUUAGAUUGCUUGAAUCACCAACAUCACUGACUGUAUAUAUAGUAAUUGUACAUACCCAUGUACAACUUUCAGCACUCUCGAAAAACAGUGAAAAGUGUUCGUCAGUUUCAGAUCGAACUGGAAUAGGCUAGUUUCAAAUUAUUUUAAUUUACACUUGGCUCGAAGGCUGCGGGGUGUUAAAAAAUAGCCUUGAGAUUGAGGAACGAGUUAUUCAUUUCUUUUGUUCCAUCCCCCUUAGUUCGGAGACUACUACGAAUUUUAAUAAUUCGGGACUUGUGUAUAAGGAAGUGUUGUUUUCUUAGGAAAAGGGAAAAUUGGAAGAAGCAUAUUGGAACGAGCCGAGAGCGAGAAUCUACAACAAACCCGCACCACCUAUGCGCGGGGGAUUGAACUAAUGCCACAUUGUUGGGAGGCGAAUGCAUCUAACAAUGUGCCAUAUCGCUUGUUCCCCGCUUUAGUAUUAGAUGUGUAUGAUGUAAACCGCCAAAUUCUUCUGUUUUUACCUGAUUAAGUUAACUUCAUUGCACCAGAUAAAUAAGGUUUUAGCUAGAGCCAAUGGUACCUUUAUUCUAUCUGUACCAUCCUUUUGAUUGGUUUAAGAGGCCAAAUUCAUGAAAACUUCUUUAAGGUGCACAUGUAUUAAUCCUUAGUUUUCCGACCGACUUUCUUAUAACAAUUCUCGUCUGAGUCUAAAUAACUCAAAGUAAGGAGUAAAUAACCAAUGUGCGGAGCGUGGGAAUUUGUAAUUUUCAUGGUUCGAAUGAUUAAGCAAAAUUAAUUCAUAAAAAAUGCCCUUCAAAUAAAGGUUCUUCUUUUUAGCCUUGUAAACUUCGUUUCUGUAGGUUGGUGCAUUCUCUGCAUGAAAACGAAAACAUUACUAUGUGAGUUAGGAGCGCGUUAUGCUCCUUAAGAAAACACUGGAUUGCUUUCCACCUUACCACCUCAUUUUUAUACGCUAUUUCAGCGGGCCUUGAUGUGCAGAAUAGUAACUUAGAGGGUAAGACAUAUUCUGGCGUUAUGUUUCAGAGAUUUGUCAUUCAACAAGCUGCAAUCAAUACCUGAUAGUGCUUUUCUUGGAUGCAAGAGCUUACAACAUUUGUAAGUUAAUUUAUGAACGGUUAAAAUUCUACGAACACUCGAUAAUCUUAUUUGUUAGGUGUGUUAUUAAUUUCUGUUUUUUUAUAUAUAUAUAUAUAAUUUAACAAACAGGGGUUUAAGUUUCAACAACAUCAGUCAGAUCAACCGUCACAGUUUUGCUGGACUUAAAAACCUAAGAAGAUUGUAAGUUACAAUUUACAGUACCUUAAGAAUUUUCUAGUCCUUUAUUCUAAUUAUCCAAACCCUUCUUCAUUCUGGCCUUUUUUCUUAAAUUCCUGACUCCACAGUUUCAAAAUAUUACGUCGCAAGUAGCGAUGACUGAAUCUAUUUCGGCCAAAAAUGAUUUAACAUGAGUCCAUAAUAAGAAAGUCUUUAAUUGCUACUUCAGCAAUACCUUACCAACCGGGGCCGCUAUUUGGCUACGACGUAUGUCGUCACGCGGCCUAAAAGCACGUGAUCGCAAAGCAUAAUCUGAUUUUUUUGCGUCUGUUGGAUAAUAAUAACAAAUACUAUAAUUAUAAUUAUAAUUAUAAUUAUAAUGACGCUGUGUAUUAAAUCAGUAAAUCAUACGAAUGCUAAUUAUUGUUUUAGUUUUCAUUCAAAAUAGUGUAAAAUUUCCCCGGGCAGUUUAAGGAGAUGAAGAAGGAAAGAGAGAGGCGUUUAUUCUAACAGAUAUUCCUCAUAUCCGUCGAGUGGUAUUUCUAUUCUAUUCUUUUUAAUGUUUUUUUUUUGGUCAACUUUCUUCUUCCCAUAACGUGUAAAAUCUUCUGCCAUUUUCUCUAGCAAUGAACUGACCUGUGGUAGCUCGUUGUGGUGACUGUUUUGCAAAAAUCUUGUUAAAUGGCGAUGCUCAAAUUUAAGAGGUAUCCCCCCUAAAAUAUCCAGUCGAGUCAGAAUAAAUACUAUACGCUUAGGUUGAUAAAAGCAUGUAACACAGUCUGACCUGCUUUUGUUUUAAGGAUGAUGAUCCACAAUAAUUUGAAGGUUAUUCCCGAUUAUGCCUUUGCCGAAACUCAACUGAAGUCUCUGUGAGUGUAUUGAAACAAUGGUAACUUAAUGUCGAUGUCACGUUCUUUGUUCAAGUAUGUUGGUCGAUAUAUUAUUAUUGAACAUUAUUUACAAUUAUAUGAAAGAAGAUCAUCGCAGUUAUAGACGCAUCUUUUGGAGUUGCGAAAAGCCUGAUUUUUUCAGGCUUUCGUUUCGCAAAUGCAAAAGUUGCGUCUAUAAAACGAUUUUACUGUCACGCCAUUAAAAUGUAGUCAAUGGAACGUGACGCUAGAUAUCAGUAACCCAGAUAUCAGUAAUUUUUCUGUCCAAAUGGAAUGGGCGCUCCUUUUUUCUAUAAUCUGGGCCGCGUUUAACCUGGCCUUUUUCGCUCUCCUGCGCGGUAGCGAAUAUACCUACAGCAGGGUGCGCAAAUUUCUCCAACAAUUCGAUCUUUCUACCGAAUGCAUAAGUUUUCACCCCAGCCUGGCGCGCUCGUAUUGCAUAACAGUAUAUCUAAAAUCGUCUAAGACAAAUAUUGCUAGAGAAGGUCAGUCACUCACUUUAGCUCACACCUUGUCGCCCCUUUACGCCGUUGCUGCUAUGCAAGAGUAUUUUCUCUCAGCUAGGACCUUUGUUUUAUUUCCAAUCAGGUCGUUACCUCACCCCGGGCAUCGUUUCUGACCUCCUUAGGGAUAGUGCUAGGGUCGCUGGCCCACCUUAUCAAAGCCUCAAAGAGCAUAGCCUUCGCAUCAGUUCGGCCUCCGUUGCAGCCGCCGCCGGCCUGCCAGAUUGGCAAAGUUCUUGGUCGCUGGUCCUCGGACUGUUGGCUGUAUAUCAGAACUCCGCAAUUUACAUUAGAGUCUGUGGCUCCCAGGAUGGCUAUUGUUCCUCGACGCUUCCAGCCAAUCUAGCUUCCGUUUUUUCUACUUGUUUAUUCGUUCUCUUGUUUGGGCUUGGGGGAUGCUUUGCCUCGCAUGCAUCAGUAGCGGUUAAGUCUGCACAGCGACUUCCCCUAAGCUUGUUAACCGCGUUACCGUUUAAUAUCGCCUGCAAACGGAUACUCUUGUCCGAUCCAGCACGUGCUGUAUUGCAUUCAGCUCGUAGUGCUGGGGUGAUAAGUGAGUUUUUUGGUCACGUCAUCGCCGGAAGUCCCACAGGCUAACCUAGGGCAAGGCAGUGCUCCCUCAUUAAUGCCAGCUUGUCAUUAUUUGUUUUAUAAUUAAGUUACUUCGCGUUUAACAUGCAUAGUAACGGAACAGAGCAUUAAACUGCGGUGAUUUUCUUUCCUAUUAUUCUCCAUGUGAUGAUUUUCAUAUAUUCAUAACUUCAUUAUUUACAUUUGUCUUCGUAGGUUUCUUCACAACAAUGAGAUCAAGCGCUUCGGAAAAAAAGCUUUUUACGGCCUUCAAACCCUUAGUACUUUGUAAGUGAUAAUCAGAAGUGAAAGUUUCACGUACAAUUUAUGCAGGUUGUUGUAAAGGAUACAUUACACAUUAAUUUUUCAACUUGUAUUACUUGGCUGUAAACUACAGUUCAUCACCUGAAAUGCAGCUUUAAACAUGAUGCCAAGUGUAUCGGAAAACUCGGACAUGAAUCUAAGUACGGAGAAAACUUGAACAAAAAAAGAAGGCAAACUGUUAACCAAGUGUUUCCGACAUUUUGGAAGUGAUGAUGAAUCCGUACCAUGUGUCGGCAGCGCAUUCAGGUACGGGACAUGUAAAGUUGCCAUAAUUAUUUUAGUGUGACUCGACUGAGGGACCUCUGUCGAGUGUCACGUGAAUUAUACGUUCGAAGGUUGCGAAGAAUUUAUUGCAAACUAACCUCUAAACAAUGCAAGAGAUGGUAACGUCCACCCUGUCACUCAUUGAAUUGAUGGAUACUUAUACUACUACUAAUUAUUAUUAGUAUUAUUAUUAUUAUUAUUAUUAUUAUUAUAACUACUUAAUGAUCUUCUCCUCUUAUGGGUUUUUCAGGGAUAAUGAAACAAUAAUUCAAAUGGAACAAAAUAUGUUUUAGAAUCCCAGCCGGUAGGAGGCGAACCAGUUGCUAUUUACAAGGGUGGUCGAGGAUUUCAACUCCGGUCUACCGAGAAAAAAUCCAGCAAGCGACCAGGGCAGAACCCGAGCUCGGGGCUUUCGAAUCAUUGCUCUAACUGCUCCACUAAAUGGGGGGAUACUAUCACUUAAUAAACGUGACCUUUGGAUACACAUGAAUUCCAAAUCGUUAGAUCAGUUGCUUUGUUAUAGAUUUUUCCGGCUGUUGCUCAUAAUUGUUACUAGAUUUUUUUCGUGUUACUUAGAAUUGAACAUUUUUCUUCCAGGACACUUUUCGACAACCCUUUAACAGCAUUGCCAAAUGAUCUGCUUGAUUUAUUAACAAACGCAUCCAAAGUGUAAGUGAAAAUAAUAAAAUUAAGUGAUACAAACAAUAAACUUAGUUUGGAUAAGAUACCAAAUAACAUACAAAUAUUUCCUUAGACACAUCAACAGAAAUAUCGAUCAAUAACGAAUUUAAAAAAACACAAACGACAUCGCGAGUAUAACUGGCAAUCUACAAAGGCAAAACCUUUAUUCAUGGUCGUUCACUAUACACGUACAGUCCAACCUCUCUGUACCGACACCUCUCUAAUACGGACACACCUCUAUUACGGACACUUUCCAAUUUCCCGAAAAAAUUCUCAUAUAUUUUCUUUAAAAAAACCUAUAAAAUACGGUGUCUCUAAUACGGACAACGGACACUGAAUCUCGGCCCCAGAGAAAAAAUUCAUAUAAACUUAAAUAUAACACUGCGGUGAUCAGGUCGAUCCCGAAUCCCAUUCAGGUGAAUCCGCACAGGGUGAAUCCCGUCUGGCUGAUAAGCUAUGCAAGCUGUUUUCAAAAGCCCAGUCGCUGAGUAUGUCAAACAACGAUUUGCAAAAGGUGUACAAAGGAAGAUAACCGACUUUUUUAAAUAACUACAGAUAGCAUAAAGAUCUUUUCUAUCACAUUUUGUACUCAGUACUGUUUACUGACUUGCAAAAUAACGGAAGACGCUUUCAGAAUUGUACUUUACGUUUUACAACUUUUUAUUUGCAACAUUGCCAUGUAGCUCGUUUCGUUUUAAAAGUGAUUUGUCCACUUUGUUGCUGAGAUGUACAAUUUUGUAUGCUACUGUCUUUGUACUGUGAAUUAAUAAAUUUAAAUGCAGUUUAAAGAUGAGUGUGAGCCUGGUUUUAGUUACUGAAUACUUAAAACUGUAAGUGGAGUCAUAAAAGUGACGUCAUCAUAGUGACCUCUUUUAUACGGACACCUCUCUAAUACGGAUACUUUGCUCUGUCCCUUCGGUGUCCGUAUUAGAGAGGUUCGACUGUAUAAGUGAGAAUAUAUUUAUUUUUGUUCCAGGUCUGUAACAUGUAGCAAUCUUCAUCGGCUGUCAUUUCCGCCCCAUCUAGAAUUCUCGUCAGUACUGUAUGUAUCUCUGUCCUGCGCGGGGUAUUCCUGGGAAUUCGCGGUGGGGGUGUGCCGCCGGUUCUCCAAAUCCUCACCCUUUUUCAGACCAAAAAAAUUGUCAUUUUCCACACCUGAUUUUAGACAUGGCCUCUAAAAAUCCAUUUCCGUUGUCAGACCUGGCGUAGGCAGAAAUUAUGUUAUUAUUACUUAGAUUAGAACGCCAACAAAAAGAUUUCUUAAAAUCCAUUUGGAAUUUGCCAAUUACUCUUUCUUUCUUAUUCAUUUGGAAUUGAAACGACAAAUUGAUACGUUUGUGCACUUCCGUAUUCCCUUGAAAGCCAUAACCGAAUUCAGACCUCAAUAGGUAAAGCCUAUUUCCGUUUUCAGAGCAAAACGGCGCAAAAACCACAUCCUUUGGGGCGGCACAUACCUACAAGGCAAAUAUAAGGGAGUACUCCUCCGGGAUUUGUGUCGAUAUGAACCAUGAUCUCUUUACUAAAUAAAUGCAAGUCACGUGUGUGACAGAUAUAGCUAUGUGAGAAUGUUUGAUUAUUCCAUGCAUCGUUUUAGUAACCCGGCAAGAAAGUUGUUUUUUUAUUUUACUUACUAAUUAAAUAAUUACUUAUUAACUUAACAAAACUAAAGCGAGCUCCAACUGGUCAAUUACCCAUUUAAGAAUUGGUUAUGGUUAACGUAUCUAUAUCGAGUUUUAUUCAUCUGUAUACACACGGGACGGGACGCUUGUAGAGGGCAAGACUGACGCGUAGCAAUUAAAGGUCGCUACCGUUUUUAAGAGACUUAGAAAAUUUUUGACCUAUUUUGGAGGGUUUUUCUAUUCAAAAGAAAAGAAAUCGCAACCCAGGGUCGAACCAGGAACUCGGACUAUUCGCAAUCUCUCUCUCUCUCUCUCUCUCUCUCUCUCUCUCUCUCUCUCUCUCUCUCUCUCUCUCUCUCUCUCUCUCUCUCUCUCUCUCUCUAAAUUUGCCCUACUGUAACUUAAUCCAGGGAAUAUGUCACAUCUAUCAUUACUAAGGCCAUGGAUACCAAUGGUGGCAUCGACCGUUAAAACUGGUAAGAACCGUUUACGAAAGGGGAAUACGUGCCGCCUUCACAAUUGCGUUUUUUGCUGCCGUUAAUCAUCAUUACGAUCACAAACAACGAACCUUGAAAGAAAGAAACACACAAAACAGAUCAAAAUCCACCAAUCACAAACAAUGACCGUUUAAACGUGUUAAAGUAAUCUUCUGUUUCUUGAGAGGUCCGUUUAGUUUACUUACGGCAGAGAAAAACGCAAACGUCAGUUGGCUUUUGAAUUUCAGAAUUCGCGUUUUAUUUUUUUUUGCGGGGGGGGAAGGGAAGUGCAGUAACUAAAGAACGUGAAACCCUGACUAUUAUGGCUUGAAAUGUGUCAUAUUCCUAACUGUAUUCAUUAGCCUCUGCAAUCAAACCCAACACGUGGUUUUUUCGAAAGAGAAUUUUCUCAUCUCUUUUAUUCUCUUAUUUCAGGGACUGUGCUCCUUCCACCACUUUUUACACCAUUGUAAAGGAUGAAGUGGCUUAUGAUUUAAAGAGCUUUAGAAAAUCAGGGUUUAUAUGCCAUCCAUGUCCCCAUUAUCAUUUUUUCCACUCAGUGUGCUGGAAUUGUACGUUUUGCAAAGACGGAUUGAAAUCUCUGGAUGACUCUUGCAAGGCGUGCCCUGCUGGUAAGUGAGAUUACAUUGCUAUGAAAUACAAUACGUGUACUACGUACUUGUUAGCGGUUGACAGGGAGGACAAAGGCAGCACCUUCAUUUUUAAGUUAUUUUAAGAACCCGAGUAUUGAUCCUGCCCCGGAGAUGGAACCCACGACCUUCCACUCUGCAGUCAAAGGCUCUACCAACUAAGCUAAGCCUGCCGCUGUUAAAAGAGAAAAAAACCUUAUCAUGCACGGUUUUGGAAGCCGUUUUGACGAGUAGGCAACCGCGUAAGAAAUUAAUGCAAUAUGUGAAUCUAAUGUGGAAUAAUUUUCCUUAAGCGGCUGUUCUGAAAAACACUUCACCCUUAACGAUUCAACUGAAAAAACAAAUUGAGGGCGUUAGAUGCAGCUAAAGUAAUGUAUUUAUCGCAGGCACAAACAGGUGACGUCCCACCCAGUAUCGCUUUCCAAGGACACCAUUAUAUUGCAGCACAUAUUUAUAAAGAAAUACGUUUUAAUAAAUGAUUUCAUUGCUAUCAUAUCUUAAGGAGGUUUUUACCAGGACCAAAUGGGACAGAUAACCUGCAAGCACUGUAGCAUUGGAACCUACGUAUCAAUAGAGCGACAUCCUGGUAAACGUGCCUCGGACUGUUGGGCAUGUCCGUACGGUAGGAAACAUUAAUCAUUACGAUUUGGACCAUUAACGUAUUGACUAGACGAAACACAUCCAAACUUUGUUAUUUACAGACGUAUUGCAAUGUCAAUUUACUUCUUUGACCCUUUCCUUCGAGUUUAAAACAGAUGUAUAUUCUUUCUCUAUAGUGAUUGACAGUUUUCAGGGAUGACGUUUUCGUUGUUUUUUAAUUUCCCUGUAGGAUUAAAUCUUUUAAGUGAUCGAAGAUAGACAUAAAGCUCACAAUAAACCCAUUAAUACUCUUUCAUGCCUGGUCCAUGCCAGGGAACGUUCAGGAAAUUUAUGAACUAUCGGUCGCGCGGCUACCGACUGAACCGUAUGACCAUACGAUUCUCUCCCUACCCGUAAGGUGUCCUUUCAUCGGUCGGGGAAAACAGUAACACAACAUUGUUCAUCAUUAUUUCCAUUGUUUUAGCGUAGCAAGUCAUUUGGCUUUUAGGGUUAGAAGAGCUGCUACAUGACCCCUCUCCCCGGAAUGAAGAAAAACUAUAUGGCCAACGUUCUCCUUUAUUAACAACGUUGAACAUUUAUUUAGGCAAACAAACAGUUAAGUUAAAAAAGGAUUUUACAAAAGUCUCAAGAGUAGGUCUCCUUUUCGACUUUAACUGGCAAUAUCGGUCAAUUUACGCAACUUUUAAACUUCUGUCUCAGUUUUCGUUUGAUUCUGCUUUGAAAAUGAAAUAAUAAUUACUCAGAGACAAUACAGUGUAAAGAAUUGUUGAGAAACAACGCAAAAACGUGCCAAUUUCUGACAAAAAAGGUACUUUAAAAACUAACUAAAACAUUGAAACGCUUUGAUCACAAGACUGAUGACGUCAUGUCAUGUCUCUCUUUAAAUCAUGAAAAAAUUAUCAGGCAAAACGUUACUUUCCCGCAAAUUUUCUCUGCCGUGUGAUUAAAGGUUGACUCUCUACAGCCCUCGGCCUAUUCUCCCGACUUUUUCGCUCAUAUUCAUUACCCACUUAAAUUUUAAAUGCCGGACGUCAACUGGUUAUUUUUAAAUGCCCCACACAACUAAAACCUCAAAUAUGCUAUUUGUUUGUCAACGUAACCAUAAUGUUAAUUUCAUUGUCACUAUCAGAUGUAAAUCGUCUAUUUUUAAGCCGGGUGACCUCCUACCCCUAAGCAUUGUAAUGUCACGCUGUGACAUUACUCUAGUUUCUGUCAGCAGGAUAUAUUUUAACAAGAAAAUGUUACUAUCUUUUUCUAGGUACGCUUUCCAAUGAAUCCGCUGGUUAUCGUGCUUGCAGAUGCCUUGAAGGGUUUUACCGCUUGCAUCGUUUUGGUCCAUGCUCAGAAUGUCCAGCUCACGGCAUCAAUUGCGUCAACGACACAGCAAUACUUGCACCAAACUAUUACUGGAAGUGGACCAAUCAAAGUAACAGCUUUUUUUAUAAGAAUUUCGUGCAAAACAUCCAUUCUUACGAAGCUGAUUACAAUCAGAACUACUCCAGAUUUAUCAUGCCUCUUCCACAGCCAGUGAAAUGUCCGUAUGCUGGGUCUUGCAAGGGUGGAAUAGACUCGGAUUGCAAUGAGGGAUACCAGGGAAACUUGUGCGCUAUUUGCAGAAGUGGCUACUACCUAAGAUUUAGCACGUGCAUAAAAUGUCCGAGUCUUGCAGUUGCUAGCGUCUCAUCCUUUGUGGUUGUGGCUUUGUUUGUUAUUGUCUUCCUAAUGAUUUUUUGGGGCGACUCGAAACAAACUGACAAUAAUCGUACUCUCGCAGAUGUCAUUAUGUCGUGUUUUAAAAUCGUUAUAGGAUUUUAUCAAGUUAUUUCCGGUAUCUUUACGGCAUUGACGAGAGUGAAAUGGCCAGUAGCUUUGAUCCCAAUGGGACAAUUUCUGAAGGUGUUUGAAGGAAAUAUUUUUCAGUUUGCUCCGAUAAGCUGUAUCAAUUCUCAACUGCGACUAAAUGCAUAUUUGAAGUUCAUUCUCGUUCUUUCAGUUAAUUUUUUUGUGGUUUCUAUCAUUCUGGCUUACAUCUUUCUGAAAAAAAGACGAAUCAACAAGAGGAAGGAUUGGUCCAAUGGCGAAAAGCUGUGUGAAGUUUCGUGCUUGAAGAAAUCCUGUUACCGGAACAUUUUCCUGUUUUUGCUGGCUUCAUACCCAGUGACAAGUAAAACAAUCAUCCAAAUCAUUCCCCUCCCAGGCGCAUGCGUGACGCAUUGCUUCACGGAUCACAAGAACCAAUGUAUCUCUCUUCUGAAAGCUGACUACUCCCUCCAGUGCUUUACUGCCCAACACAAGAUCUUCUGGCCAGUUGCCGCAGUGUUUUCCGUGUAUCCUGUUGGAUUUCCUAUUUUGAUGCUCUUUCUUAUUUACAAAUACCGAAAAUCGCAGCGAAAUGAAGAACUUGCUUUCGGAUUAAAAGUCUUUUUUGAAAACUAUAAGAACGAAUUUUGGUUUUGGGAGGUAACCUAG